AAUUGGAAUCCAAGUCGGAUAACAAUGCGGAGGUGGUUCUGGCUGAUGACAAGCAGCAAAAAAGAGGAUCUUCCUUUGACACCGCGAUCUCCUUGCUCGAGGAUCACGAAACUGAGGAUGCUCAGCCCUCCGACCAAUUUGCCUGGCAGGCUUCAUCUUCUGCGGAAGUUGCGACCAGCAGUCCCGAGAAGGCUUUGCCGCUACCAGCCACUUUUCAGUCACCAAAUCCAUCCAGUGUCAUUGCCAGUCAGAACGGAAAGUCGUCGGCCGGUUGUCAUCUCCAAAGCAUGCCCGAUGCCGAAAGUGAACAGGCUUCAGAAAUCGACGGCGUCGCCAAGCCUGCCAAACAGCUGACGAACGAGACGAAGUCAACUACAUCGAUCAAUCAAGACGUCAGACUCUUGUCCAAUAAGCCCCAGAGCCCUUCACCGUCCUCCUCUAUAAGAGGGAAGCGAAUUUCUGCGAAGGACCUACGACGAGGCCUUCACAAGAUCAAGAAGCUGGCUGCUCUCUCGGGCAACCAUACUAUUGAACUUCAAGACCAAGGCGGUCAGCUCCUCGCCCAAACACAGAGACUCGACAACCUUGAGCGCACUGCUAGAGACCAGGCCAACAAUAUCGACAAACUCGCCAUGAGACUGGAGGCACACACAGAUUUCCUCAAGAAACAAAACUUAGCGAUGGCCCAGCUCCGCAACGAUAACCAGGCCCUCUGUACACAUCUCCAGGACGUGCUCUUCCCCCUCGCCCGGGCCGUCAAUGCCAUGCAAAAGUCGACCAAGAAGGACAAGAGAACGCUCGAGUCGAAUGCGAAGAGAGCCAAUAAGGAAUUGAAAGAUUCGAGGCCGCGGGCAGGAACACCGAGGCUCUGAAGCGAGGUACCCGGAAUCUUGGUCAGGUUCUGGGGGCUCCCCAGGGCGAUAGAAUGGAAGUGGAUGGACAGCUUCUUUGAUUCGAGAUUGGACACGCUGGCGGAGAUAACGUGGUGUUAAGGGAGGAGUGUUUUGGCAGCGGAAUGGAUGUGAAGCAUGGAGCGCAUUUGGAGAGUACCUACUUACAUGAGAGGGCGAACUAUCGCGAUCAUCUCUUUGGGUGAUCAACAAGAUCUGACUGAGGAGAGGUUCCCGGUUAACAGUGGUGGAGCUACAUCCAGCGAAAUAGAUAGACUCGUACGCAUCUCUACUUUUUCGGUACAUAAAUACAGC